CACUCCAUCAGUUAAUCGGCUCAUUUGAGCCCCGAUGGAAGCUCGAGCGUUCCGGCCGACCGGGACCACGAUCGCUUUGCGCCCAUGACACACGCGAAUCGUCUUUAAGUUGCUCCUCUUUUCGCCGUCGACGACCGCGGCUGCCGUGGGGACUUUGCGCACUCGAGGUGCGUGCGCUUUGAGCCCAAAUUGUCACCGCAAACGCGCGCGGGUGGGGGGGGGAUGGGUAUGGAGGGGGCUGAUCGCUUUGUUUCUCUGCGCUAGUACGUCUCCUCAACACUGAUUCUAGGCGUGCGCUAGGAGGAUCGCGUCCUAAAUUGGUGGCACGGCGUAAAACGCGUCGACUGACAUGAGCCAGUAUUUGGGGCGAUAGCACUGACGACUAAUUCCCGCCUCCUCCCCCUUUGUCCCUCGUGCAUCUCCGAUUUCCCCGAAUGUUCUGUUGAAAUCCACGCGAGCCCCCCCCCCCCCCCCCCUCCCGCUUGUCGUUGCAGUGGGCGUCCUGCGAAGCAGCGAUGCGGAGCGGCAACAGCGCGCCUCUGCUCCUCUCCUGCCUGGCGCUCGCGGCUUGGCGGAUGACCAGAUCGGCGAACGCCGACGCCACAUCUGAUGCCUUCAAAACCAACAUCACCCUGUUCACCCGCAUCCUGGACAGCCUGCUCGACGGUUACGAUAACCGUCUCCGGCCUGGUCUCGGAGACAGGGUAACUGAGGUGAAGACAGACAUCUUCGUCACUAGUUUUGGACCCGUUUCAGACACAGACAUGGAAUACACCCUCGACGUUUUCUUCAGGCAAGCCUGGAAGGAUGAGAGAUUAAAAUUUCAUGGCCCAAUGAAGAUUUUGCCUCUCAACAACCUGAUGGCGAGUAAAAUCUGGACCCCGGACACAUUCUUCCAUAAUGGGAAAAAGUCGGUGGCUCAUAACAUGACCAUGCCUAAUAAAUUACUGAGGAUUAAAGAUGACGGGACAUUGCUGUACACGAUGAGGUUAACCGUGCACGCAGAGUGUCCAAUGCAUCUGGAGGAUUUCCCCAUGGACUUUCACUCCUGUCCGCUUAAAUUUGGCAGCUACGCCUACACAAUCACGGAAGUGACUUACGCUUGGACUCUGAAUGCCUCUGAUUCUGUAGUCGUGGAAGGUGAAAGCUCGCGUCUGAAUCAGUAUGACUUACUUGGACAAACGGCAGGGCAGGAAACUAUUAAAUCAAGUACAGGUGAAUAUACCGUGAUGACAGCUCAUUUCCAUCUGAAGAGGAAGAUUGGCUAUUUUGUCAUCCAGACAUACCUCCCAUGCAUCAUGACCGUCAUCCUCUCCCAAGUGUCUUUCUGGCUGAAUAGAGAAUCAGUGCCGGCGAGAACUGUAUUUGGGGUAACCACUGUGCUCACGAUGACGACGCUGAGUAUAAGUGCUCGCAACUCCCUCCCCAAGGUUGCGUACGCCACCGCCAUGGACUGGUUCAUCGCUGUCUGCUACGCUUUUGUCUUCUCUGCUUUGAUUGAGUUUGCCACAGUCAAUUACUUUACCAAGCGUGGCUGGGCCUGGGAUGGAAAGAGUGUCGUGACUGACAAGAAAAAAGAAAGAGCAUCGGUGACCAAGAAGAACAACGCCUAUGCUGUAGCAGUGGCCAAUUAUGCGCCUAAUAUUACCAAGGACUCCAGCACGCUUCCAACUAUUGCCAAAGGAGGCACUUUGGAAGCCAACAAGGCUAAAGGAGAAGGCAAGGUCCCAGAGAGCAAGAAGACGUUCAACAGCGUUAGCAAAAUCGACAGGAUGUCAAGGAUUUUGUUCCCCGUUCUCUUCGGUUCCUUCAAUCUGGUUUACUGGGCCACCUACUUAAACCGAGAACCCGUCAUCAAGGACAUGGUGCCCUCGACUUAGAAGCCAGCAUUCACGUGUUCCGGUCGGGAGGCUCAGAACCAAAUACCUCCAGCAACUGUGUGUACAUACUUUUGCAGAGUGAUGUCCUGGAUUGCAGUGUGAUCCUCCAGCUCUGCCUAUUUUCUACACCGUUUGCAGCACUUUUGACAACUCUGUCUUUUGGAAAUGUCUAUGUCUAUUUAUAUUCUAUUUUCAUUGUGUGAUGACUUCAAUUCAAAUGCGUAUUUGUUUCCAGUGUAGGUAUGUGACCACUGUACAUAAAGUAUCAACGUCAACGCAAACAUACAAUGAUUUAUAAUGACUUCUGAAUAUUUUUUAUUUUGUUGUAAUUGACACCCGUCGCUUGAUGUUCCUGUGAAAUAAUUUUCUUUGGAGUGAAAUCGAUUAAACGAAUACAUUCGCA